UGCUCUCCUCCUGCUGGAGUACCGGGCUCUCAGCCCAAUGACAGCGCGCCAUGCUGCUGCUACUGGAGCUGCUGGAGCUGGAGGUGAUGCUGGAUCUGGAUCUGGAUGAGGACGGAGAGAAGAAGCGGAGAUAAGAAGCAGGACGAUGCAGUAACACCCAUUUCACUCAAAGAGGGGCGGAGUCACUCACUCUCAUUAGGCCACGCCCCCUCCCCCUCUCUUCCACCCUCUGGUCUCAGAGAUGUACAGCAGCACUCGGGGGGUGGGCCACAUUGAGGGCAGCCCGGUGCGAUCGCCCCGUCUCCCUCGAUCGCCCCGUCUGGGCCACCGCCGGGUCACCAGCAGCUCCUCGGGGUCCAAAACGCUCUCCAUGGAGAACAUACAGUCGUUAAACGCCGCCUACGCCACCUCGGGGCCCAUGUACCUGAGCGACCACGAAGCUGUAGGGUCCACCGCUACCUACCCCAGAGGCACCAUGACGCUGGGCAGGGCGUCCAACCGCGCUAUUUACGGAGGCAGAGUGACCGCCAUGGGCAGCAGCCCGAACAUCGCCUCCAUCGGCCUCCAGCACGCCGACCUGCUGUCGUACGGCGGCGACCUCGGCUCCCUGGCCAUGUUACAGCACUCCCACCAGCAGGGGGCGCUGCUGAGGCAGGCGGUGAGAGGAGGCGGCGCGGAGUUGCUGGAGCUCCAGGCCCAGUUCAGGGACAUGCAGAGGGAGAACGAACUCCUCCGCCGCGAGCUGGACCUGAAAGAGAGCAAGCUGGGCUCGUCCGCCAACAGCAUCAAGAGCUUCUGGAGCCCCGAGCUGAAGAAAGAGCGAGUGAUGAGGAAAGAGGAGGCUGCGCGAACCUCGGUGCUGAAGGAGCAGAUGAGGGUCACCCACGAGGAGAAUCAGCACAUGCUGGACGCCCGCAGGACCAAGCAUCUCCAGAUGACGAUCCAGGCGCUGCAGGACGAGCUGCGGACGCAGCGGGACCUGAACCACCUCCUGCAGCAGGAGAGCAGCUCCCGCGGGUCCGGAGCCGAACACUUCACCACCAUCGAGCUGACCGAGGAGAACUUCCGCCGCCUGCAGGCCGAACACGACCGGCAGGCCAAGGAGCUGUUCCUGCUGAGGAAGACCCUGGAGGAGAUGGAGCUGAGGAUCGAGACCCAGAAGCAGACGCUGGGGGCGCGAGAUGAGUCCAUCAAAAAGCUGCUGGAGAUGCUGCAGAGUAAAGGGCUCCCCCCGGUGGCCGGGAGAGCCUCGGAGGAGGAGGAGCAGGACCGAGCGCGGAGAAUCGCUGAGGCCGAGGCUCAGCUCGGACACCUGGAGGUCAUCCUGGACCAGAAGGAGAAGGAGAACAUCCACCUCAGAGAGGAGCUUCACAGAAGAAACCAGCUCCAUCAGGACCCCAGCAAGACUAAAGCCCUGCAGACCAUCAUAGAGAUGAAGGACACCAAGAUCGCCUCCCUGGAGAGGAACAUCCGUGACCUGGAGGACGAGAUCCAGAUGCUGAAGGCCAACGGCCUGUUGACCACCGAAGACCGAGAGGAGGAGAUCAAACAGAUGGAGGUGUACAAGAACCACUCCAAGUUCAUGAAGAGCAAGAUUGACCAGUUGAAGCAGGAGUUGUCUAAGAAGGAGUCGGAGUUGUUGGCCCUUCAGACGAAGCUGGAAACUCUGAACAACCAGAACUCCGACUGUAAGCAGCACAUAGAGGUGCUGAAAGAGUCCCUGACUGCCAAAGAGCAACGUUCUGCCAUCCUACAGACAGAGGUGGACGCCCUGCGUCUGCGUCUGGAGGAGAAAGAGUCCUUCCUCAAUAAGAAGAGUAAACAGCUGCAGGACCUGACGGAGGAGAAGGGGACUCUGGCCGGGGAGAUCCGGGAUAUGAAGGACAUGCUGGAGGUCAAAGAGCGCAAGAUCAACGUCCUGCAGAAGAAGAUUGAGAAUCUGCAGGAGCAGCUGAGGGAUAAGGAUAAGCAGUUGGGGAACCUGAAGGACCGAGUGAAGUCUCUGCAGACGGACUCUACCAACACAGAUACAGCACUAGCUACACUGGAGGAAGCCCUGUCUGAGAAGGAGCGCAUUAUUGAGCGUCUGAAGGAGCAGAGAGAGCGGGAGGACAGAGAGAGGAUGGAGGAGCUGGAGUCCUAUAAAAAAGAGAAUAAAGACCUAAAGGAGAAGGUCAACACUCUGCAGGUGGAGCUCACAGAGAAGGAGUCUAGUCUAAUCGAUCUGAAAGAGCAUGCCUCCUCUCUGGCCUCGUCGGGCCUCAAGAAAGACUCCAAGCUUAAAUCUCUGGAGAUCGCCAUGGAGCAGAAGAAGGAGGAGUGCAGUAAGCUGGAGACGCAGCUGCAGAAGAAAGCCCACGAGGUGGAGGUGGUCCAGGGCUCUCGGGGGAACCCGGAUUUCCUGGACCGGGUGAAACUCCUGGAGAAGGAGGUGAACUUCUUCAAGGAGGAGUCCAACAAAUCCCAGGCGGAGGUGGAGCGACUGCUGGAGAUCCUGCGGGAGGUGGAGUCGGAGAAAAACGACAAGGAUAAGAAGAUCGCUGAGCUGGAGAGCCCACCUGCCCCUUUGCCCCGCCCCACACCCCGCCCUGGGGUCAGAGCCCCAGCUGACCCGCCCCCUUCUGUUUCCAACGCACCCCAGCAGAUCGGGGGCAUGAUGUGGGACUUCCUGGGAAAGCCAGGCAAAGAGCAGAACAAGAAGGGUCCCAACAUCAAGCUGGGUCAGCCGGGGGAGAAGAAGGGCAGCAGCAUCCUGCAGGACCCUCGCAAAGACAACCCCAUGGACAACCCUAAGAUGGAGGAGCUGAUGAACGUGUUGGAGAAGACACGGCAGGAGCUUGACGCCACUAAGCAGCGCCUAACAUCCACCCAGCAGUCUCUGACCGAGCGGGACGGUCACCUGACUAACCUCAGGCAAGAGAGGCGCAAACAGCUGGAGGAGAUUCUGGAGAUGAAGCAACAGGCUCUGCUGGCAGCCAUCAGCGAGAAGGACGCUAACAUAGCUCUGCUGGAGCUGUCCUCCUCCAAUAAGAAGAAGACGCAAGAGGAAGUGAUGUCACUGAAACGUGAGAAGGACAGACUGAUGCAGCAGCUCAAGCAGCAGACUCAAAGCAGGAUGAAACUUAUAGCCGACAACUAUGAAGACGACCACUACCAACCACACGGCCCCCCACACCACAUCCAACCCCAGCCUCCUCACAUCCAACCACAGCCUCAGCCCCAACCCAUCUACCCCCACGCUCCCCUCCCUCAACAACAGCCCCCUUAUCCACAUGCCCCCCACACCCAACACCCCCAACAACACCCUCAACAACACUCUCAACAACACCCUCAACAACAUCCACAGCAACACCCUCAGCAGCACCCCCAACACACCCAACAACACCCCCAACAACACCCCCAACAGCACCCCCAACAGCACCCCCAGCAACCACCUCAGCCUCAGUACCCCCAGCACCCCCAACAACACCCGCAACACCCCCAACAUCCUCAACAUCCCCAACACCCACAGCACCCCCAACCUCCAGGCCCCCACCAGCACCCACCCAGGCCCCAGCAGCCCCACCCUCAACACCCACACAGCGGCCCCCCGCCCCAGCAACACCCCCAACACCCUCAACACCCCCAGCACCCGCAACACCCACAGCACCCCCAGCACCCGCACGGACCUCCUCCACCCCAGCAGAGCCCCCACCCUCACCAUCCUCCUCAUGCUGGUCCUCACGGCCCCCACCCAAGACACCCACCCCCACACCAUCGCGGACCCGGCCGUGGACCCCCCCAUCCUGGACACAGACCUACUCCAGACCCGGAUGAUGAGGAGGGAAUUUGGGCGUAACAGUUUCCAAACCAAAGCUAGAAUGAUUUAUGUGAUGACUCACUCACAGUUGGAGGUGCAUAGCCAUGCCAUGCAGAAGAAACUACACAUUAUCCACUUGGCCAGACUCUAUCUCCCCCC